UCUCCCCUCUCCCUCCAUUCACACCUGGAGUAUCUCCUCCAGCCCACAAGCUCCACACAGCGUCAGGGGACUGCUGAUGUGCUCCAGGCUGCUCUACAGCAUCCUCUAGCAGAGCCGCUCUGUCUGAGUCACGUUGUCCUCCGACCGUCUCCAGCAGCAGUGAAAGGAUGUGUGGUGCGCGUGCAACGCUGCUCCUCUGCAGCCUGUACCUGGGCUUGCUGUGCCAGGCAGGUGGAGAAGAGAAAGGAACUGCCAUAGAGGAGGAUCACAGAGGGGGAGGUGGGCGGAGGGAGAGGCGGAGCAUGCCUUACUGGAACAUGUGGUCGUCGGACUUCGUGGGGUGGAUGGAGGAGCUGAGGGCCCAGGGGGGGUACGACCGCCUGGAUGAUCUGGCCAGAACCUUCUGGGCUCACUUCCCUAUCGCCACGGGUCUGGGCUACGAUGAGCCAGAACCAGAGAUCCAGGAGACCGGAGAGGGAGUCCCAGGGGGGAGGGGGGAG